UCCCGCCUAGAAAGCACCCAAGCACUCUCUACUCUCCCCACUUCCAACUCCCGCAUAACUUCCAACUCACCCAAUAUGUUCAAGAUUGCCAUCUGCCUGUUGGCCCUGGCCAGUGGUUCUCUGGCCGCCAGUAUUGGCCAGGUGGAGGUCAGCAGCACAACCGAGAAGCGGGAGAUCAUCCCCGUGCUAAAGUUCGAGACGGACAAGCAGCCCGAUGGAUCCUUUCACUUCAGCUACGAGGGAGGCGACCAGUCCGUGCGCCGGGAGCAGGGAGUGAUCAAGAACGCCGGCACCGAGGACGAGGCCUUGGAGGUCUCCGGCAUGUACAGCUAUAUCGACGCCAACGGUGACACCGUGGAGGUUCACUACACAGCCGGAAAGAACGGAUUUGUUCCCAUUGGCACCAUCAUCCCUAAGGAAAUCACCGCCUUGGCCAAGGCUGCUGCCGAUCUGCCCAAGGUUUCCGAGGAGGACGAGCUGAAGUUCCGCAGGGCCCGCUCCCAGGAACUGGAGAAGAAGGCAGUUGCUGUGGAGAAGGAGGUCGCUGCCGUCGAGAAGGAGAAGGAGGAGCCUGUGGUGGCCAAGGAAUCGGUUGUGGUAGAGAAGUCCCUGCCCGUGCCCGCCGAGUCCCAGGUGGUGCCCGUCCAGGUGGUGCUCGAUGCCGCGCCAGAAGCCGAGAUCAAGGCCGCCGGCGAGGCCGCGAUCGAGAAGAAGGUGGAGACCAAGACUGCCUAAGCUCUCCUAGACUCUAGACUACCUAAGUAUUGUUUAAUUUAAAACCAAGUGCGAUCUAAUUUAACUGGCUAGCAAUAAAACGAUUCCCUAUCUCAA